AGCUAUUCCAACUUGACCUUUCCCUUCCCCUCUCUUCUCUUAUAUAAAUACCUCGUUGGAUCCGAAUCCAAUCCCCAAGUCCCAGAAUCUCACUGGUCUAUAAUCAGGAAUUGAAACCUUGAUACACCCACACCCACACACACAAGCAAAAUGUCGAAGAACCCUACCGCCCUCUACCUCGGUAUCGCUGCGAAGGAGCAGGCGAAGCAGGACGCACACCUCGCCCGCCUUAAAGCCCCCACGGGCAACCAGGCCGAGAAAGCAGGUGAAAAGGCGGCGUUUGAGACUAGGUUGAAUGUUGAUGAGGCGAUUGACACAUCCACCCACGAAGCAAAAAACAACCUAAACCGUCUGGAGAAGAUCACUCGCGACACAACAGCGGAGUUGAGAUCCGGGGCAGAGAAGAUUGAAGGCAAGGUGGAGGAGAAGGCAGCUGAAGCCAAGGGGUCGCUUUCGGGGUGGUUUGGGAAGAAAUGAUUGCUUCUUUUCUUUGUUCCCUUUUUGUUUUGGAGAUUGAGG